GGAGGUUCAACACCCAUGAUCCGAUCCAGCCCGAUCCAACAGCCCCCAGUUUACUUCCUUGGAACAGAGAUAGUAAGCCAAGGGAGGAUAUAGAGCAUGUACUGUCGCAUCGGGCGGGAUGCUCGAUAUAUUUGGUCCAGGCUGCGCCAUCCUUACAGAGUGUGAUCCCAUCAGCUGCAUGCAGCCUGUUUCCGCAUAAGCUCUCCUGCAUAUCACCCUGGCCGCGCAUCCUUUAGAGAUUCGAAGAUUAAGUCUUCAUCUGACAGAUCGCUGGGUCUCUCAGAAGGAAUUUGAUGGUACGGGGAGCUGCGAUGUGAUACAGUGAAGUGAAGUAUAGUUGCCAGUUGCCAGUUGCCGAUACAGAAACUGCACUGUGCACAACAUGUCCAGUGCGAGAUGAAUGUGAGACAAAAGAGCUGGAUGUUGAAUAUCAAGAGUACUCUAGCAUCGGCGAGCUGGAAUACGGGGGGAAGUACUACCCCACUGACUGUACUGUGCAUCCUCACCCCCACGUCGCCCAGUAAAGGAAAGCGCAAUGCUCUCCUGGCCGAUUACAGGUUAUUGUCGCCACCACCGCCGAGGGCUGAGAGUCUGUGUGUAUUUAUGUGGUCUCUGUGGUCUCCGUACAGAAAUUCUGGGGCCAAAACUCGCGCUUCAGUCAGUCAUCUUGCCUCGGGGCUUACGAGUAGCGGCCCGCAUGUCUCUGACGAGGCUGGCUAUCCCCAUCCAUCUCCAAGAGCCAGUGGGCGUUCCCCGCCACAUCACAGGCACCCAAUCGCUACUGGCCAGCGCGCCCCUACAGUCAGAGACAUGUCCCCAGUGACCUCGCGACAACUCAUCUUCUAUGUCUAUUGCAGAUUCACAAACUGAUCUUCACGUCAUCCACGCCUUUGGUUCGUACUCACGUUUAGGCGCGGUGGUGGAGGUGGCGGUGGUUUGCGACAGCCCCAACUGACCUGCGUCUCACUUCGACUCCCCGCCCGCGGCCAACCAAGCCGGUUCCGACAGUCACUACAUUGACGUCGCACCACUCACUCGAACGUCGGUUCACGAUAAACACACUCUCGUCGUGUCCCCCGGCAAUGAGGGAGACGAUCGUCAUGCUCGGCAGUCUACCCGGGAGCCCUCUGGACGGGGAGCUCAGCCCAACCUUCGACGACGACAACCAUAAUGGUGUCAGCCUCUUCGGCGAACCAUCUGAUAUGCUCGAAAGCGGGGAAACUCAGCCUGCGGGGUUUGAGAUACAAGAACUGCCAUCCACCCCAGACGAAUCUACGCCAUAUCCCAUGAGCGACGACGAAGGGGGAAUGCUGUCAGAUGGCGGGGUUCAGCUGGAUAUCAGUCAAGCUCAUACCGAGUCCGUUGAUCUCGACACAGAUAUGGCUCCGCCCGAAGCCGAGGAAAACUCCAGUUUACUCUCAAUUCCACAAAUCCAUGCCAUCUCGGAGCAUGAGUCCUCCAAUAUUGCCGUCGGAUUAGAGUCAGACACCAUGCAACCCUCGUGGCCACAGGAACCCGGCCCUGGUGCCAGUGCGGUGGCUUAUCAGAUUUCAAACUUAUUAGAUGAGAUAUCAGGCUUAACACAACAAAUACAGCAUACUCAGCACGAGCAUCCAGAACUGCAGCAUAUAGAGCAACAACUUCAUGACCUGCAACAACUUCAAACCUUGCAACACAUCCAAGGCAUGCAAGAGCAAGGCGAACAACCAACGGUACCACACGGGGCGGCUUAUGACCAAGUCGAAGUUUCACAUGACAACAUGACGCUAUCCGACUUCCUGUUCCGCUGGAGCCUCACUAUCAGAUCCGAAUCGAGGAAGGCAAACAGAGGUCCUCGAUUAGAGCGUUUGCGCGAGUUCGGAACAUCCAUGCCAACUGAAAUCCGAAGGACGGAUUUGCGAGGCGAAAGGUGUGAUAUCCAGGGGAUAAACUGGAAAAAACUGGAGGUCAAGCGACGAGACGCCAGGAGGAUGCGGAUCGCGAGUUAUAAAAACUUUCACAACUUAACCCCGCCACCCUGGCUGCCACAUGUUCUCAGCGACUCGUGUAUCCAGGACGACAGCGAAGAUUUCUUCAAGUUUCGCCGGAUGAAUUUUAAGCACAAGAUGGACCUCCCUCACUUUCAAUUACGGAACCUUGUUGCCUGCACCUCCAGGAACAACGUUUUCCUGACCGGAUCAUAUCGCGUGAUCCAGACAAAUCCCAAUUACGGACAGCGUUGCAUUGCAAUGAACCUUUCCGAGCCAGAAGUGCAGCGUACGCACGGGCCGGCCUGGGGUGGCGUUCAAAUAUCGACUCUUGCUGCCAACCAUGGUGUUCUCAUUGCCGGCGGCUUUCAUGGCGAAUAUGGCAUGAAGGCAUCAAGUCGACCGGAGUCCAAGCACAUCGAGGGACUUGUUGUAGAUCAUCCGAACUGCAUAACAAAUCACAUCCAAAUCAACCUCAAUCGGCAGAGCGGUCUUCCCCAAGCCGUCAUCGUUUCAAAUGAUAACGGAAUCCGCACAUUAGACUGCACCACCAAUAAGUUCACAAGGUACCACCACUAUGAACAUCCCAUCAACUGCUCAGCCCAGAGCCCGGACCACCGACUUCGAGUGCUUGUCGGAGACAGUUGCGAUGUUAUGAUCUGCAAUGCGGAAACAGGAGAAAUUCUUCAGAAGCUCGAAGGGCAUUGUGACUACGGAUUUGCCUGCGACUGGGCGGAUAACGGAUGGCACGUCGCAACCGGACACCAGGACAAACUAGUCAAAAUCUGGGAUGCCAGGAUGUGGAAAACAAGCCACGGAGAGGCUAAUCCAUUGGCAACAAUUUCCUCAACAAUGGCCGGCGUACGGAGCUUGAAAUAUUCCCCAUUAGGGAGCGGAAAGAGGGUGCUGUUAGCAUCGGAACCUGCAGACAUCAUCUCAGUCAUCGAUGCUGAGACAUACGAGUCAAAGCAGACGCUCGAUCUGUUUGGAGAAAUUGCUGGCACCGCCUUCUCCCCAGAUGGGCAAAGCAUUUUUGUCGGCGUACACGACAACUCUAGAGGUGGGCUCAUGGAGUUUGAGAAGUGCGGAUUUGGUCGAUCAUACGAACAUGAAAGCAUUUUCCGGAAACGAGAUCGCGAGGUUGACAUGUAUGAUAGUGAGGAGGUCGAUGAGGACAUGGAAGAUAUGGCGGCCGGGCUAGACUGGAAGAGAUCAAUGGCGGAUGUGGUUGCUAAUCCCAAAUCUAAACGCACCGCAACGCAUCGACGGAGACGAGCAGCCAGACUGGGGGACCUAGAGGCUUACUGAACUGGAGUUAUACAUACGGGAGGCGACGCAAGGGAGAAGGCGCCGAUCGUUACUGACAAUAACGGUUUGGGCGAUACGAUUCUACGACACAAUCAUUUUUCGCGAUAUCACAAUCAUUUUAAUCAAGGGCGCUUCAAGGGGAUGAUACCAGGGAAAGGCAUGGACAUAUACGGGGUGGUGGUUGGUGAGGCUUAGCAUUUUCCGGCGUUUUCAACAACUGGAGCACAAUGGCCAAAGGAGCCCAAAGCAUGGGCUACUUGCUAUUGUUCUCUACAUGGGAUAUUUUGAUUCGACGGGGAUAAAAUAACUCACUUAAAAUAAUAUCAAUUUAUGACGAG